AGUCAAUUUACAGAGCAAUCAAAAUUGUUUGAAAGGUUAGAUUUCAACAGCGAAUUUUCCGAAGAUGUCUGGGCGUGGAAAGGGCGGUAAGGGUUUGGGAAAGGGAGGAGCGAAACGACACCGUAAGGUCCUCCGCGACAACAUCCAAGGCAUCACGAAGCCGGCCAUUCGCCGUCUGGCUCGCCGUGGAGGAGUGAAGCGUAUCUCCGGCCUCAUCUACGAGGAAACUCGCGGCGUCCUCAAGAUCUUCCUCGAGAACGUCAUCCGCGACGCUGUUACCUACACCGAGCACGCUCGCCGGAAGACGGUCACCGCAAUGGACGUCGUCUAUGCUCUCAAGAGACAGGGCCGCACUCUGUACGGAUUCGGCGGUUAGAAUUUGGUUUCGCCGGUGUAUAUUUUGGUGGUGUUUAGGUCUAGGGUUGAUGAUUAGGGUUUAAAUUGGGCGUUCUAUUUUGAAUCAAUCUCCGAUUGAUGAUUGUUGGAAUGUUAAUCUGAUCUAGAUCCAAUGAAUUUUAGUUCUUAUGAAUCCUUAAUUCUCUAAUUUUAUCUUCUAUUUUAUUUUUGGAUGCAA